AUGGUGCCAGGUCAGGUCAUUGCUAAACGUUUUAGCACAUGUAGCCAAGUUGAUAAUAUUGAACUACUGGUUUCUCCAUUACAUUAUAGCCGAGCCAUCAAGACAAACCAGGACCUACUGCCGAGCACGCCCCUGUCCAGGCUCUUCACGGACGACUUCUGGGGCACGCCCCUCACGCACAGCGGUUCACACAAGUCCUACAGGCCCCUCUGCGUGCUCUCCUUCCGCCUCAACUACCUGCUGUCGGGACUAGAGCCCGGGCCCUACCACCUGGUGAACGUGGUCCUGCACGCCCUGGUGUCUGCCCUCUUCGCCCUCCUGGCACGCGCCCUUCUCGUCCGCAGCCCCCUCUCCGCCUUUUCCGCCGCCCUUCUCUUUGCCGCCCACCCAGUCCACACCGAGGCCGUGGCGGGCGUGGUGGGGCGGGCGGAUUUGGGGGCGUGUCUUUUCUUUCUGCUGGGGCUUCUGGCGUACCGACGGUACUGCAAGUACCGCGACAAGCGGCGGUACCUGUGGGCGAGCGUCGCCAUGGCAACGGCGUCCAUGCUCACCAAGGAGCACGGGGUCACCGUGCUCGCCGUCUGUGCUCUGUACGACGUAUGCGUCGUCCACAGGCUGCAUCCCAAGGACUUCCUGCAAGUCAUCAGUGAGAAAAGUUAUGGUCCUUUAAGAGAAGGUCUGCUGCACUUGCUUGGAGCAGCCGUUGCACUACUCGCCCUGCGCUUCCACCUCAUGGGCAGCCAAGCACCAAAUUUUUCGCCAGCAGAUAAUCCGGCCUCUGACAGCGAUUCCCUGAUGACCCGGACCCUCACCUUCCUGUUCUUGCCAGCCUUCAACUUCUGGCUGCUGCUCUGUCCGCGGUGGCUCAGCUUCGAUUGGUCCAUGGAAGCCAUUCCCUUGCUGACGUCACCCAUGGACCCCAGGAAUAUCUUCAGUGCCUGUUUCUACUUGUCUGGCGUCAAAUUCCUGUUCCACAUUUCGAGGACACUGACCAAACCGUGCGCCUACAGCGGCAGUGCUGGACACUGCAACCACAGGCUAGCGGGAAAGCAGGCAUGUUCCUGCUACUCGUACAGAUCCAAACAGUCGGUCAGAACGAACAGUGGCAGCAAGAACUCUGUUUUCGGGAAAUACACUACCUGCUGCAGCAAGAACUUUACCAGUUCUGGAAAGUGCAUCUCCAACGGUGUCAACAAUAACAACAACAACAACAACUGUGGAUAUGCCAACGGCCACCACCGGACAGGCACCGCCAAUGGCACGGUGGCCAACGGUGGCACCCACUCUUUCCAGGCAGUGACAGACUGUCAGUGCCACGCUGCUGUGAUAAUGGCCAUCGGCCUUCUGGUCAUCCCUUUCAUACCCGCCACGAAUCUAUUCUUCUACGUGGGAUUUGUGGUGGCAGAGAGGGUGCUCUACAUCCCAUCCAUGGGAUUCUGCCUCCUGGUUGCUCUCGGCUUCGAGCAACUCUACAAGAGGCAGGAGGGACUGCUCAGGAGGCGGAUCCUGUUCGGUCUGUUCCUGGGAAUUAUAGUUGCGAUGUCCGUGAGGACGGUGAGGAGAAAUAGGGACUGGUUACACGAGGAAAAUCUGUACAGAUCAGGCAUUCCUAUUAAUCCACCCAAAGCGUACGGCAAUCUGGCCAACAUCCUGAGCUCGCAGGGGAAAAAGACAGAAGCCGAGUGGGCCUACAAGAAGGCGCUAGCCUACCGGUCCAACAUGGCAGAUGUGCAUUACAAUUUGGGAAUUUUGCAGCAAGAGCAGGGAAGGUAUGAAGAAUCUUUGAGCAGCUACAAACUCGCCAUCCAGUUCCGUCCGAGACUAGCCAUGGCACACCUGAACUUAGGCUUGGUGCUGGGCAUUCUGGGAAGAAAAGAAGAAGCAGCGGAGGUGUAUCGUCACUGUGCGGAAUUGGACAGCAGUGGUUUGAAAGACCCGAAAAUGCACGAGACGACAAAAAUCUCCGCGCUUUUUAAUCUCGGAAGGCUCUACGCAGACGAUGGAUCCUACAAAGAGGCUAUUGCAGUAUAUCAGGAGGCUGUAAAGAAAAUGCCGGAACAUUAUCAACCACAGUCACUGUACAACAUGAUGGGAGAGGCAUUUUUCAAACUCCGGGAGUACGAAGAAGCAGAACGCUGGUACCAGCAGGCCCUCCGUGCGAAGGCAAACCAUAUUCCGGCGCACCUGACCUACGCCAAGCUCUUGUCUAAAUGGGGUCGUCCUCAAGAGGCUGAAAAGUGGUUUCUCAAGGCAAAAAGCAUCGCACCCAACGAUUCCAGCGUUUACCAACACUACGGUCAAUUUCUGUGUGAGAAUGAUCGCCACUUGGAAGCAGCUGACGUGUAUCUUCGUGCUGCGGAACUGGCUCCUGAGGAAUAUGAAAUCAUCUUCAAUGCUGCCAACACUCUAAGGCAAGCUGGACGGAAUACGGACGCGGAACAUUUUUACCAGUUGGCUGUGAAACUGAAACCAAAUGAGGUGACGAGCCACAUGAACUUAGGCGCCAUGCUGCACGUGAACGGCAAACUGCAAGAAGCCGAGAGGUCUUAUCUAGAAGCUUUGAGAUUGAAACCCGAAGAUCCAAUCACCCAAAACAACUUGCAGAAGCUCAGAAAUCUUCUCAACCAGAAGAAGAUGCACAGCAGGAGGUAG